ACGAUCAGCAUUGUCGCGACAAGAGAGAAGAGAGAGUCGAGGACAGAGGGGGGAGGAGAGGAGAGAGACACGACCGCGCCUCUCUCCAUCUCUCUUUCACUCAUUCUUUGUUUCCACGCAAGCGUAUAGGGAUAAUCUCAUGAAGGCGCGAAGUUAGCCGCAAGACAACCUCGUUCGAUUCUCUCGUCAGCGAUGUCGGAAUCUAACCUUAAAAUUACAGUCGUUCGUGAACACUUUCCGGCGACGUUCGUUCAUCGGCCGAUUUACGUCAAACGUAAAACUUUUCACGUGCGUUUUCAUCAAAUCAUUUAUUCUUUUGACUUUGUUUGUUUGCCCGUUUGAUUGGCACAGAGGCAAAUUCAUGAAUCGAGCAAGUUUCUGUACGUGCAUCUUUCUUUUUCUCUCGUGCAAUGUCGAUACUGUGACGAGAUCAGUUAUGAUCGAUUAUAUGCUCUCACGUACAAAUAAAGUUAGAGCGAUUGUCACGCUCAUUGAAAUAUUUCAUAAUUAAAGAGCAAGGCAUAUCGAGUUAAAUUUGCUCUACGUGGGCAGUUUUCUCGCUUUUAUCUUGUGUUCAUGACCUUGAUAAAAGAUAAAUAGAUAUAUACGUGUGUGUCUACAUAUAUAUAUAUGUAUAUAUAUAUAUGUAUGUAUGUAUCUAUCUAUCUAUAUAUAUAUAUAUAUAUAUAAAGAGAGAAAGAGAGAGAAAGAAAGAUCGCGAUGCAUUUUAAAUAUGCGCGCCCGCAAAAGGUGAAUGCCUCCUGAUCUCAUUCAAGAAAGACAAGGAAGCACAAUUUUCUCCAUUCAAUUCGUUCUAUGUUUAAUGUAACUUCCAAGAGUGUCAAGGCUGUCAAUAUAUAAUAGCAUUUUCGAAAGUUUUUUUUCCAUGGUAUGUCUCGGUGAAAGUAUUUUAAAUAUGAAGAAGAAAGUCUUUCGCCUUUUUUUAUUACAAUGAUGUUCUAUACUUUUAAAAUCUAUAUGUAUAACUAAUCUAUGUGAUUAGUUAUACAACUGUCUAUAUAUGUAUAUGUAUCCCAAUCUUCUAUCAUUAUCAAUACAUCAAGGAUAGUUUCAAAUAGAUACUUAAUGUUGAAAAAGAUGACAUGGAUCCUAACUAAAUUUAUUUAUUACAUAAGUAGAAUUUAUGAUCAAUUGUAGAAUAUGGUCGUCGCAAAGCCCGAUAACUAAGAAUAUUAUUCUCUUUAUUGUUUUAUUAUAUUUAAAAUAAAUUGUUUGAAAAUGAUUGCGAACGAUGGAUCCUCUUUAUUUUUACUAAAUAAUAAAUCAAACUUUUUAUGCGAUGUUUCCAGUCGCCUAUCGAUCUGCGAACACGAUAUAUCCUCGCUUGGUCAUAUCUAAAUUUACUGCAUCGUAAACAACAACAAGGUGGUAGUCGAGACACAGAAAGGAUUGCAUCUAUCUCUUCUCGCAAGAGAUUUCUUUCUCAAAAAGUAUUCUUUUACAACGAGUUUAUUGAAGAUAAUUAACGCACAAUACAUCUGGAUAAACAACUAUAAGUUUGACUCGAUGAAGGUAUCGAUGUGGACUAAUAACCGUGAGGUUGAAGAUUAACGAUCGAAUUGAUAUUGACAUUGUGAUUAACAAAGAGAGAAAGAAUAAGAAGAAGAAGAAAAUACCUUGUAAAAGUGAUAAAAUAUGAAGAGAGUUAACUUGCCUCAGAACGAAAACGAGACAGGUUCGGUCGACGCGACGGAUUUGCAAGAAAAAAUGAGGAUGAUCGAUGUAAAAUCUUCCUCACCUACGAGUCUCUUAGCAAAGAACACUCUGUUGCUACCGAGCGGAGUCGUUUAUGUAAAACAAUUAUCCAAUGUAAGUUCGACGAGCGACACUGGAUCGUCCACGAAGUCUUCUGGCUCGGCAACUGGUAAUCCAAGAAAUAAAACAGCCUUAGCACCGGGUCAUAGUGUCAUGGACUGGAUUCGAUUAGGUAAUUCUGGAGUCGACUUAACCGGAGUUGGUGGUAUUCCACGUACUGUCACGUUAACUGAGUUGGCUAAUCAUAAUAAGCAAAAUGACGCUUGGAUCGCAAUAAGAGGUAUCGUUUUCAACGUGACCCGUUACAUGGAUUUUCAUCCUGGCGGAAUCGAUGAGCUAAUGAAAGGAGUUGGAAAAGAUGCUACGAAAUUGUUCGAUAACGUUCACGCUUGGGUAAAUUAUCAAAGUCUUCUACAGAAAUGCGUCGUAGGUAGACUGAGUCGUCCUUCCACUUCGAACCUGUCCAAGGCGAAUGAAAAAUCUUCCAUUGCGAACGACCUCUUGAAAAGUUGCACAACGCAAAGAAAAAACGAAGAAGAAAUCGGUUUUGAUCUUUCGAAAAUGAAGAUGGAUUGGCGGCAAACUUCUAACACGAUAACGCUCUUUUAUCAAACGAUAAACGACUAUCAAGGUAUCUACUAUCGUAUAUCAAGGAUAAACGAUGCCAAGCUCGUUUUUAAUCUCUCCUUUGAAAAGGAUAUCGUUAUACACGAACUCGAGUUGGCCGGGGAAAUCGAAUGGCCACCUGCGUGGAAUAGAAACUAUGAAAGCAUGGAAGUAGACUUUACCUUCAGGAAAAAGGAUAAAACUUUAUGGAAAACUCAAGGUAAUCAUACUUUGUCCAGAGAACCAAUAACCAACAAGAGGACUUACAAAGAAUACGAGGUAUUAAGUAACACGUCCCUUUGUAAAUUAGUUCACCUGUUGGUUCUACGAGCUAAAGAUUCUUUAGAAUUAAUACCAAUUGGUAGGCACCUGGAAGCAAAAAUUAAAGUCGCAGGUGUUGAGAUUUCUAGAUACUAUACACCUGUACCAGCCUGUCUUCAUCCAGAAGACAUGGCACCGAAUUAUACAUCAGAUUGUAUCUGUCUCAUGAUUAAACAAUACGAAGACGGUGCUCUCAGUCCAUCCAUAACAGCUUUAAAUGCCAAAGAAAAACUUACUUUGAGCAACGGGCUUGGUGUCUUUGUCGUCGAAUCCUUUGAUCGUUAUUCCGUCGUUCAUAUGUUGGCUGCUGGCACAGGACUAACGGCAAUGUUGGGAAUAAUUCAACGAUGUCUUGCCAGGCGUAACGUAAAAAGUAUCAAUCUCGCCAACUUCAAUAAAGACGAAGAUAACAUGUUCUAUGUGGAGCAAUUGGAGAGAGCUUGCAAGGCAAAUAAAUUGAAAGUCACGCAUAUUUUAUCGCAACCAAGCGAUUCCUGGAAAGGUAGACGUGGUACAAUUUCCGAUGAACUUUUGAAUGAAUUAAUAGGCAAUUGUUCACCGCAUAGUUGUGUCUUCGUUUGCGGCCCUAAAGGAUUCCUACUUUCUUCAAGAAAAUGUCUCCGUAAUCUUGAUUGGAAGGCCUAUCAAAUGUACGAGUUCGACGAUUAAAAUCAUCUUAAAACUCAUUUAUGUUUUAAGCUUAAUCGAUGAAGAAAGUUGAAAAAGUCUACGUUUAAUUAUUUAUUAUAUAAAUUCUCUCUACGAGUAGUCGAGUAUUGGGAUAUUGGGAAAGUUAUAUAUUAUCCAUCCCAUAUGAAACUAUUACAUAAAUAAUAGAGCUUAUUAUCCUGAAUAAGAAAUUCAGUUGAUAUACAAAAAGGGGUACGCUUGAAAAAGUACUUGUUGAAAGAUUAAACUAAACUUAAUUAUACGAAUUUUGCCUGCCUUGUAUGAGCCGGUUUAGUACAAAAAAGAAAAAAAAAAAAAAUUUUUUAAAGUCUCUCAUUCGGUCAUUAUUAUACAUCAUUAAUAUUUGCCAAGAGAAUUGCGAAUGAGAUACGUUAUUUUGAAUGUUCGUACUUAGAUUCGAUAUAUGUAUAGCUUUAGAAAAAUAUUUGUAUUUGAAAAGUAUAUUGAUUAUAUUUUCAAGAGAAGAUUAUUUAUAAUCUUCUAAUUAUCUUAUCUCACGUAUAUCAAUGUUAAGCAGAUUUUAGUACAAUUAUUACUUAUAUUUUAUUAAGUCUGUAAGUGCUCUACUAUCGUCGUUGUUAACAAUACUUCCAUCCAUAUCUGUCCUGUCUUAAGCAUUUAUAUACUAUAAGUGAAUAAACGUAUAGAAUAUUUUUUUCUAUAUUUUAAAAAUAAUAUCUAAGUUUAACGUAAACAAAUUCUUUGGCUACAUUCCUUUUAUCUAAAAUCUAUUGUAAGUUUUAUCAAUGAUAUGCCAUCCUCUUCGAAGUACCGUUUUAUUAAAUAAUAUUUUUACACUACGCAAAAGAAACCCCGACUAUGAAUUAUAUUAACUUAUAAUUCAAUCUUAGCUGUGAUUAAAACGAAUUACAUUAAUGUGAUCCAUUAUCAAAGAAAGUCUUUAAAGUAAACAAAUUUAAUGACGAAGAGUAUUAUACAGAAUUAACAACAUUAACGCGAUAUUUUUGGAUUUGUAAAUUGCGAAGUACAACAGACUUUUCACGAGACUACUAUUACAUAAUUUUCUGUUAAUUACUUCGAGUAUGGAUGAUAAUUAAUAUGACUCACUGUAAAUAACAAAAAAAAAAAAAAAAUCAUCGUACGUUAUCGACAAAAAAGAAAUAACAAAGAAUUAUAUCACAUCCACUAUUUGACAUUUCUUGAAAAUAUUAGCUCGUAAGAACUGUUUGUACCAUAAAUCCACAUAUCGUACGGUCCAGUUUAUGUAUUUUUAUGAGUUUAAUGACAUUAUAUGUGUAUACGAUUCUUAUAGAAAAUAAAAAUGUACUCAAUAGUCUAACAUUUA